AUGUUCUCCUCGGUGAAGCCCUACGAGAACCAGCGCUACUCCUCCCUGAAGAAGGAGUGCCUGCGGCGCAAGCAGCUCUUUGAGGACCCUCUUUUCCCUGCCAGUGAUGACUCCCUCUUCUACAAGUCAAGGAUCCAGGGCAUCCAGUGGAAGAGGCCAAAAGAAAUCUGUGAUGAUCCACAUCUCUUUGUGGAUGGGAUCAGCUCCCAUGACUUACACCAGGGCCAGGUUGGGAACUGCUGGUUUGUGGCUGCCUGCUCCUCCCUGGCAUCCCGGGAGUCUCUCUGGCAGAAGGUCAUCCCAGACUGGAAGGAGCAGGAGUGGAAUCCUGAGAAACCUGACAGCUACGCAGGAAUCUUCCACUUCCAGUUCUGGCGCUUCGGUCAGUGGCUGGACGUGGUGAUAGAUGACCGCCUGCCCACGCUCCACAACCAGCUCAUCUACUGCCAUUCCAACUCCAAGAAUGAGUUCUGGUGUGCCUUGGUGGAGAAAGCUUAUGCCAAGCUGUCAGGCUGUUACGAGGCCCUGGAUGGAGGGAACACAGCUGAUGCCUUGGUAGACUUUACUGGUGGGGUCUCUGAACCUAUUGACCUGACUGAAGGGGACUACAUUGCUGAUGAAGCCAAGAGAAACCUCCUCUUUGAGCGUGUGUUGAAGGUGCACAACCGAGGAGGCCUCAUCAGCUGUUCCAUCAAGGCCACCUCGGCAGCUGACAUGGAGGCCCGGCUGGCCUGCGGGCUGGUGAAGGGCCAUGCGUACGCCGUGACCGACGUGCGGAAGGUACGGCUGGGCCAUGGCCUCCUGUCCUUCUUCAAGUCAGAGAAGCUGGACAUGAUCCGCAUGCGCAACCCCUGGGGCGAGCGGGAAUGGAACGGCCCCUGGAGUGACACCUCUGAGGAGUGGCAGAAAGUGAGUAAAAGUGAGAGAGAGAAGAUGGGGAUGACAGUGGAAGAUGAUGGAGAGUUCUGGAUGACCUUUGAAGACUUCUGCAAAUACUUCACGGACAUCAUCAAGUGCCGUCUCAUCAACACAUCCUACCUGAGCAUUCACAAGACCUGGGAGGAGGCAGUGCUCCAUGGGGCAUGGACCAGAAGCAGUGACCCCCUGAAGAACCGCAGUGGAGGCUGUAUCAACCACAAGGACACCUUUUUGCAGAACCCUCAAUAUGUGUUUGAUGUGAAGAAGGCAGAAGAUGAAGUGCUGAUCUCCAUCCAGCAGAAGCCAAAAAGGACCAGUCGCAAAGAAGGCAAAGGAGAGAACUUGGCCAUAGGCUUUGAUAUCCAUAAGGUGGAGCUGAACAGGAACUACCGGAUGCACACCUUGCAGCAGAAGGUGGCCAGCUCCAUCUACAUCAACUCCCGCAGCGUCUUCCUGCGGACGGACCUGAAGGAAGGCCGCUACGUCAUCAUCCCCACCACCUUUGACCCUGGGCAUGAGGGAGAGUUCCUCCUCAGGGUUUUCACAGAUGUGCCUUCAGACUGCCGAGAGCUGACACUGGAUGAGCCACCACACACCUGCUGGAGUGGGAUGUGUGGUUACCCACAAGUUGUAUCCCAGAUCCAUGUUCUUGCUGCAGCUGGGCUCAAGAAUCAGGACUCCCAAGGAGGAGCUGACCCCUACGUGAUCAUAAAGUGUGAAGGGCAAAAAGUCCGCUCCCCAGUGAAGAAGAACACAGUGUCUCCAGAAUUUGACGUGAAAGGGCUCUUCUACCGCAAGAAGCCAGGACAGCCCAUCAUUGUCCAGAUCUGGAACCACCACUUCAUAAGCGACGAGUUCUUGGGCCAAGUGGUGCUCACAGGUGACCCCAGCGAGCGGCAGUCCGUGCACACCCUGCACCUCCAGGACAAGGGCAACCGGAGAUCAAACGACCUCCCUGGAACCAUUGCCGUGAGGCUGCUCAGCAGCAACAUCCUCACCAACGUCUGA